AUUGUGUCUUUGAUUUUCUUUUCAUAGACAAGUUACGCAGGAAUAAUGUAAUUUUACUAAAUACUAAGAAAUCAUUUAAAAUUACAUGAAUUAUCACUGUUAGAGUUACUAACAACUGGUGUAACUUACUAAAGUCCUGAUAAAUUGCUAAAAUGGUCUCUAAGAAAAAGAAGAAGUAUUCAACAGGCGAGGGAGCACAGUUUAUAACCAGGAAGGCUGCGUUAAAAAAACUUCAGUUAUCAUUGAAAGACUUUAGGCGAAUAUGCAUUCUCAAGGGCAUUUAUCCGCGGGAACCACGAAACAGAAAGAGGGCCCAAAAAGGUGCCGGCGGUAUCAAAACACUUUAUCACACGAAGGACAUAAAGUUUUUGUUACAUGAACCCAUAAUAUGGAAACUGCGAGAAUUAAAAGCUUAUCAACAAAAAAUACGCAAAGCACGUGCUCAGCGAGAAUAUCGGAAGAUGAGACAGUAUUUCCGUGAUUAUCCUGAAAUAAAUAUAGACCAUGUAGUUAAAGAACGAUAUCCUACAUUUGUAGAUGCAUUAAGAGAUCUGGAUGACUGUUUGACUCUUUGUUUCCUGUUCAGCACAUUCCCUUCAUUGAAGAAAGUGCCCAGAGAUCAAUCUCUUCUCUGUAGACGUCUAACUGUUGAAUUCAUGCAUGCGGUGAUAGCUGCUAAAGCUCUGCGUAAAGUCUUUGUUUCAGUCAAAGGUUAUUACUAUCAAUGUGAACUAGAGGGACAGAUCAUAACAUGGAUUGUGCCACAUCACUUUGCAUUUCAACCGCAAAGUAAAGAUGAAGUAGAUUUUAAAAUCAUGUCAACAUUUGUUGAAUUCUACAUAAUGAUGUUGGGAUUUGUCAACUUCAAACUGUUUCACUCUCUGAACCUGGUAUAUCCACCUAAAUUGACUGCUGCAUUUAAUUCAGAGACAGAAAAAGAUCUUGUAGACGAACGUGCAUAUGUAGCAGAGAGAAUAGCUGCUAUGAACUUAUCUCUUGCUAAAAUAGCAGGCUCUAAUGAGGCAGAAGAACUGCCAGAAAUUGAUAUUUUUGACACAGAAGACAAAGAUCCACAAAAGCUUGAAGAAGCUAAAUUGGAGGCUGAAAAAGUAAAGAAAUUAAAGACUAUGUUCAAAGGCCUCAAAUUUUUCAUAAAUAGAGAAGUCCCUAGAGAAUCAUUGGUCUUCAUUAUUCGUUGCUUUGGAGGUGAAGUGUCAUGGGACAGAGAUCACUUUGUUGGUGCAACAUUUGAUGAGUCUGAUGAGUCUAUUGCCUAUCAAAUUGUUGACAGACCAAGUAUGGAUAAGCAAUACCUCUCUCGUUACUAUGUUCAACCGCAAUGGGUAUUUGAUAGUGUCAAUGCAAGGAGCUUGCUGCCCAUUAACAAAUAUUUGAUGGGUGCGACUUUGCCACCUCACUUAUCGCCGUUUGUUGAUAAAACUAGAGAUCAAGUUUACAUGCCACCUGAGCAAAAGGCACUGAAUGAUCCAAACUUUAAACCACUGAAUGAUGAUGACCCUUCAGAUGAAGAAAUUGAAGAAGCCAGUGAUGAGGACAAUGAAGCAAAGAGCGAACCAGAGGAUGCAGAGGAAGCACUGACAAGACAAUACCAGCAAGAAGUGGAACAAGAUUCCCCUUCAGAGGAUGAAGAGGAUGAUGAGAAGAAGAAACUAGCUAAGGAAAAGAAAAAGGCAAUGGCUGUGACAACAGGUGUUCCUCACAAAGAAAAUCCUUACCAAAUACAAAUUGAAGACAAGCAAGCAUUUAGGCUGCGCGAGAAACUCGUGCGUAAGAAGCACAGGAAUUUGUAUAAGAGCAUGAAAGCUGGUCAAGAAAAUAGGAAGAAGGAAAUAUGGCUGCUUAGGAAAAAGAGACGUCUUCAUGACGAAAGAGUCAAAGAAGAUAAAAAAGCUGAGAAGCGAACACAGAAAAAACAAGCCUUAGAAGCCGCUUUAAACAUAAAAUAAUCAAACAAUAUCUUUUUCUGCAAA